UGUUUACAUCGCAAUUUAUUUUCAAAUAAACGACCCUUGGUUACGGCGACGCAAAGAAUUGUGGGUUAUCUGUAGCAGCGAAGGAUACACCGCAUGCAUCCUCCGAAUCCCUGUGAAAGAAGGACACAUUCGAAGGUCGCAUUUGGAGUGUCCUACUUGCUUUUCUGAAAUGAGACAGCCUCUAUGACGUAUGUAGCCUUCGAAUGCAGCCUUCGGAGCGUGCAUCCUUCGUAAUGAGACACAGCUAUAGAAUACAUAAUGAGACAGAUAUUUCCAUGCCCAGCAUAAUGAGACCAAACUUGGUGGUGCCGAUUCGUUGAGACAACAAUGGUUGCAGGAAUGAGUUCAUCAGAUAACUCAUCUCAUCGUCGAAGGAAUCCUCCCAGGAACUGUCGCAUUUUGGAAGAUCUUGCAGAACCUAACAAACCUGUUUCAGGUGAAAAAGCUUCCAUCUUGUAUAGUAAAGGAACCACGGUGUCUCAACUUUUGAAUCCUGCAGAAUCAUGUGGACAGGGAAAAGCAAAUCAAAAUGCUCCUCCUGGUUUAUCAGCUUGUUUACAGAAGUCAACACCUCAACCAAUGGGUAAAAAUGAAGUUGAGCCGAUGGUGCCUCAAAAAAUUACCACCACUAAAUGUCCAUUAGAGACUUCAACAAGAUCAAAAAGGGGAAGAAAAAAGAAACUUACUCAACCCAGUGAGAUAGCUGCUAGCAAAGCUUGUUCAGACGGACUGGACAAUUCUGAACACAAUCCUUGCCCAGAACAACACUUAAGCUCUCAAAAAACAAAAGGGACACGUUAUUGGCACUCUAAAAAAACUCAAAACAGUCAGACCCCUUCUGAUGUUCUUCACACGUGUACUACAGUAUCUCCUCCUCAUCACAAAGAGAUCUCCUCCUGCCACACUAACGGAGAUUGUACCUCCAUGCCACACACCCCAAAACGGGGCAGGACACGGAAAAGGCCUCUCCUCAGCUCCACACCGACCUCAAACCCUCAACCCCUGUCUCCAGAAAGAGCUCAGAAUAGUUGCCAGUCUAACAGUGAUUGUACCUCCAUAACACACACCCCAAAACGAGGCAGGCCCCGGACCAGGCCUCACGGUAGCUCUACACCGAUCUCAGACCUUCAGCCCCUGUCUCCAAAAACAGAUAGUUGCAAAACUAAUGGUGAUUGUUCCUCCGUACCACAUACCCCAAAACGAGGCAGGCCCCGGACCAGGCCUCACGUUAGCUCUACACCGAUCUCAGACCUUCAGCCCCUGUCUCCAAAAACAGAUAGUUGCAAAACUAAUGGUGAUUGUUCCUCCGUACCACUCACCCCAAAACGAGGCAGGCCCCGGACCAGGCCUCACAUUAGCUCUACACCGAUCUCAGACCUUCAGCCCCUGUCUCCAAAAACAGAUAACUGCAGAACUAAUGGUGAUUGUUCCUCCGUACCGCUCACCCCAAAACGAGGCAGGCCCCGGACCAGGCCUCACGUUAGCUCUACACCGAUCUCAGACCUUCAACCCUUGUCUCCGACAACAGCUAGUUGCAAAACUAACGGUGAUUGUACCUCCGUACCACUCACCCCAAAACGAGGCAGGCCCCGGACCAGGCCUCACGUUAGCUCUACACCGAUCUCAGACCUUCAACCCCUGUCUCCAAAAACAGAUAGUAGCAAAACUAACAGUGAUUGUACCUCCGUACCACUCACCCCAAAACGAGGCAGGCCCCGGACAAGACCUCUCAUUAGCUCCCCACUGACCUUAGGCCUUCAACCCCUGUCUCCAAAAACAGAUAGUAGCAAAACUAACGGUGAUUGUACCUCCGUACCACUCACCCCAAAACGAGGCAGGCCCCGGACAAGACCUCUCAUUAGCUCCCCACUGACCUUAGGCCUUCAACCCCUGUCUCCAAAAAGAGCUAAGAACAGUUGCAUACCACAUGCUCAGCAGAAUGUCAAAGAAUCCAGUCUAGUGAAGACGCCUCCUAUAAACGGCACACCAUCUAGACGGGUCAAACCUCAGAGGUUUGCGGCAGCAGGAAGGCCUAGGGGUCGCAAGAAAAAGAACAUGGUGGAACAGUCGAUUGCCCCUCCACCUGUGAAACGCUGCAGGAAGAGUGCAACAUCUCCUUUAAAAUCUACUCAGGAAGAGCCAUCUGUUGAGACGCUGCCUAUAAAUAAAGCUUGCUUUGAAACUCAGUUGCCAGAGCCACAGGAAUCAGAUCAAAACGUGUCCUCUGACCUCUCCAUCGAGCUGAGCUUGCAGGAAGAGCCUCAUCCUCUCAACAACUCUCUCUUCAUGGAGGAGGAAGAGGACCUAGAUGACGAUGAUGAGGAGCUGCCUAGCUUUUUGCAACAGGACAGUAAAAAGCCUUUGUCAAUCUCAGAGGGACUUUGCGUGUGGUGCAAACUGAGAAAAUAUCCCUACUGGCCUGCAGUGGUUAAAAGUGUGAAUCACAAGAACAAAAAAGCCAGCAUUGUAUUUAUUGACUGUUACGUAAACGACCAAAAGAGAAUUAGAAAAGGGUUUUCUGUAUCCUUGCGAACUCUAAAACCUUUUGACUGCGAAGAGUAUGAAAAAUUAGUGGACAUUGCAAAAGAAACAUAUGGCAAUGCUAUUACCUGGGCUCUGGAGCUGAUAUCGGACUAUAGGAUCCGCAUUGGAUGUGGAUCCUUCUCUGGCUCCUUCAUUGAAUACUGUGCUGCUGAUAUCAGUUUUCCAGUGCGGAGGAAGUACUCCGAGGGGACGUCUGUGAUGACCUUCCCCAUUCAGGAGAUUCUGAGUGAGCAGUGCGACAACCCUGAUAGUAACAUCGAGGACAUAGUCGUGGAAGAGCAAGAUGAGCUUCUCUCCAAGAAAGUGCUGCCUGACCGAUCCAAGGCUGCACGCAACCGCGCCAACAAGCAGUUGGUUGACUUCAUCAUCAGACGAAAAGUUGAAAACCGCUUAUUGGCAGUCAUCAGCGGUCGGGAGUCAUCUAAAUGGAUGCAAGCCCUCCAGAGGCCUUCUCGCCCAGUGGUUGACAUCUACCUGGAAGAUGAGGAGCAGGUUGAUAAGGUGUACCGCUACCUGGACAAAGUCUGUGAUGGCGCCCCUCAAAUAAACACCUGCCUAGAAAACAUCCAGGCUGACCGGAUCCGCCUUAUUCUUGAUGUGCUUCUGCCUGAGGCCAUAAUCUAUGCCAUUGCUGGAGUCUACAAGCUUUCCCUGGAGAAGGCAGAGGAGAAAUAUCGCAGAGGGCCGUGCUUUAGUAACAGGGAAAGACAGGAGUUUGACAUGAUGAUUGAACAGCAGAUGAAGCUCAAGGAGAUCACCCAGCGUCAUAGACAGUGACAGCCUCUCUAUUUUAAACAUGCAUUAACUUUUAUGAAUUCUAUUCAUUUUUUUAUGAAUAGGAAUGUUUUCAUUCUUAUUUUGACAGCAAUUAAUCAUAGUAUAUAAGAAAAAUUUGUUGAAUGAUGGUUGAAUUAAAUGAUUUUUCAUUGCAAAAAAGAUUUUGCUUUGUAAAUAAAAUAACCUGAUAUUAAAUGUUUAUUAUCAAAUCUCUGAGACUUUAUGAGCUGAAUGGUAUAUCUCUGAUAUCCUGAUGCUAAAGUCAGCCAUAUAUGGUGCUUUUUAUUUGUGCAGUGUAUAUUAAGUUAAUGCCUUGUGCGAAUACAUAAAUACAACGUUUUAAUAAUAAUGUGGUAUUCCUCAGAUUAACUUAAACACAUGAUUGGUACUUGUUUUGAAAAUGCUCAAGUGUGUUCCUGGUUGUUUGUAACUGUUUGAAACUGAACAUUGUCAAGCUGCAUUUUACAAUCGACACGAUUGGUAUCUCUAAAAUGUAUUGCCUUUUUAGCCAGCUGACAAUUCACAACAUUUCAGUGCAUAGAUGCUUAUUCUAUACCGUCGUACAUAAAGAUGCCAAAGUUGUUACAUUUUACUUCAACUGAAUUCUGGUCUAAUGUGCACGAACGUUUUAUUCAGGGCUUUGCAAUUGAUUUUCUAUCAAUAAAUCUUUAUUUUUCAACACGCA